UGCGGGGCUGGAAGUCUUCAGCAGAAAGGCACGAGGUUUCCUUUUCUGAGAUUUUUUCUUGUCCCAUUAUAUUUCGAUCAUCCCUCUCUUGGCAUCUCGAAGCAACUUGAAAGGGGAAACGGAGCUAGCGAAAAGGAUUGAAUUGGGGCCGAACCGAGACGGCCAAGAGCCGGCCUCGAGUGGGGUGACCCGUUGGACACUAGGUUUGCCAAGAGUGGGAUGUCUGUCGGACCGCCAGCUCCGGGCAGACUGUGGAGACCGGAUUGUUGGGGUAGCAAAUCAAUAUUUCUUCUAGAAAGGACUACUGAAAAAUGCGGGAGCUUCAUUUCAGGCUCCGAGUUACAGUAAAUUUAAAUUGACCAUCAUACAGUUAGGAAAUAAGCCCAUCCACAUUUUGCAUUUGUUACUUAGAAUGUUGAACUUGGUCUAGUUUGGGAGUAUAUUUGAUGCUAAUCAGUCAUUAUAAUGAUUGGAAUAUGUAACGUUGAUUAUUUGAGGUAAUAUGCAAAAUCGAAAACACGUUUUCAUUGUUUCAUGUUGCAGCCAUGGCUCUAAAAGGACAAGAAGAUUAUAUUUACCUUUUCAAGGAUUUAACACAUCCAGUGGAUUUUCUGAAUGCAUUCAGAACAUUUUACUUGGAUGGAUUAUUUACUGAUAUUACCCUUCAGUGUCCUUCAGGCAUAAUCUUCCAUUGUCACCGAGCUGUUUUAGCUGCUUGCAGCAAUUAUUUUAAGGCAAUGUUCACAGCUGACAUGAAAGAAAAAUUUAAAAAUAAAAUAAAAAUCUCUGGUAUUCACCAUGAUAUUUUGGAAGGCCUUGUAAAUUAUGCAUACACUUCCCAAAUUGAAAUAACUAAAAGAAAUGUUCAAAGCCUGCUUGAAGCAGCAGAUCUGCUACAGUUCCUUUCAGUGAAGAAAGCUUGUGAGCAGUUUUUGGUAAGGCACCUGGAUAUUGAUAAUUGUAUUGGAAUGCACUCCUUUGCAGAAUUUCAUGUGUGUCCAGAAUUAGAGAAGGAAUCUCGAAGAAUUCUAUGUUCAAGGUUCAAGGAAGUAUGGCAACAAGAAGAAUUUCUGGAAAUCAGCCUUGAAAAGUUUCUCUUUAUCUUGUCCAGAAAGAAUCUCAGUGUUUGGAAAGAAGAAGCCAUCAUAGAGCCAGUUAUUAAGUGGACUGCUCAUGAUGUAGAAAAUCGAAUUGAAUGCCUAUAUAAUCUACUAAGCUAUAUCAACAUAGAUAUAGAUCCAGUGUAUUUAAAAACAGCUUUAGGCCUUCAAAGAAGCUGCCUACUAACUGAAAAUAAGAUACGGUCUCUAAUAUACAAUGCUUUGAAUCCCAUGCACAAAGAGAUUUCCCAGAGGUCCACAGCCACGAUGUAUAUCAUUGGAGGCUAUUACUGGCAUCCCUUAUCAGAAGUUCACAUAUGGGAUCCUUUGACAAAUGUUUGGAUUCAGGGAGCAGAAAUACCAGAUUAUACUAGGGAGAGCUAUGGUGUUACAUGUUUGGGACCCAACAUUUAUGUAACGGGGGGUUACAGGACGGAUAACAUAGAAGCUCUUGACACAGUGUGGAUCUAUAACAGUGAAAGUGAUGAAUGGACGGAAGGUUUGCCAAUGCUCAACGCCAGGUAUUACCACUGUGCAGUCACCUUGGGAGGCUGUGUCUAUGCUUUAGGCGGUUACAGAAAAGGGGCUCCGGCAGAAGAGGCCGAGUUCUAUGAUCCAUUAAAAGAGAAAUGGAUUCCUAUUGCAAACAUGAUUAAAGGUGUAGGAAAUGCUACUGCCUGUGUUUUACAUGAGGUUAUCUACGUCAUUGGUGGACACUGUGGCUACAGAGGAAGCUGCACCUAUGACAAGGUCCAGAGCUACAAUUCCGAUAUCAACGAAUGGAGCCUCAUCACUUCCAGUCCACAUCCAGAAUAUGGAUUGUGUUCAGUUCCAUUUGAAAGUAAGCUUUAUCUAGUUGGUGGACAAACUACAAUCGCGGAAUGCUAUGACCCUGAACAAAAUGAAUGGAGAGAGAUAGCUUCCAUGAUGGAAAGGAGGAUGGAGUGUGGUGCCGUCAUCAUGAAUGGAUGUAUUUAUGUCACUGGGGGAUAUUCUUACUCUAAAGGAACGUAUCUUCAGAGCAUUGAAAAAUAUGAUCCAGAUCUUAAUAAGUGGGAAAUAGUGGGUAAUCUUCCAAGUGCCAUGCGAUCACAUGGAUGCGUCUGUGUGUAUAAUGUCUAAUUGAAUCCAUAGAAGUGACCAAGUAAUCACUGUUUCAGGUGUAAUAAAAAAACACAGAGUUUGGAGUCCAUUGCUUGUUCUUGUGGCCUGGCACAUAGGUAAAUUCUCAUUCCUAACCCCUGCUCCAACACCCCUGCCCAGUGAUUAAUGGUCAAGAAAAAUCUUAUGUAUAUUUACAGUUGAAUCAGUGAAGUUAACACCUAUAAUCUCUGCUUUUCAAAGGCUAUAUGGAAUGUUGGAUAGUUUGUAGAAGGUAAAAUGCCUUUGCAGUGAAUUUUUUCUCCUGGUAGCAUGAACACUGGGUAUAGGUCAAAACUAUUUUUUGGAACAAAAUGUCCUUUAUGACUCUGUAAUGUAAUAGACAGUGCACAUUAAAGGUUCCAUUUAGCUAGUCAAGAAUUUGAAGUUUAAGGAGGGAAUCUUCUCUACCUCUACAAGAUCAACACUUUAAAAGAAAGAUUUUUUUUCCUUUGUUGUAUGUAUAAUUUAUUGUUAUUCUUUAUUUACUGACUACCAGAGAUAUACAGAUACUGUGCAAAGAUCAAUUACUAUUCGGAGUUUACAAACUAAAAGAAUGGCAAAUCUGAAAAGUUGCAGAGAAAAUAGCCAAAUAUUUGCUGAUGCUGAGAUAUUUUUAAUUAACAGCUUUGAUGUAAAUUACUAGAUUAGGUAUCUUUAGUUUUAGCAUGUUAGAAAAUCAACUUUAGUCUUAAAUAUUAACACAUGUCUACAUGUAAAAUUGAAUUUUAGAGCCAGAAAGCAUGUAGAACAGUUGUGAUUAUAUAAAAUACCUCGAUGAAAGAAAUUUGCAUUCAUUUUCCAGCUCUGCAACUAACUAGAUUUUGUGACUUGGAUUGAGUCGCUUAAUCUCUCCCCAAGUAGAGCUUCCCAACCCAUGCACACUGGCACUUUGGGUCAUAGUUUUGCCUAGAUAUGGAUCCUUAUAACCCUCGAGGCAGCCAGAGGUGACAUGGAUAGCUGGAGCUGCUGGGCCAUAAACACCCUUUUCCAUUUUCCACAUUAGUGCCAUAACUUCAGAAAAGUUGAGAAGCAUUAAGUUAACUCAUCUAAACUUUUACUAAUCCAUUAGACCAUCUAUCCACACUCUUCUUUUUUUUUAAGGGACAGUCGUUAUUUUAACUUUAAAUACAGACGUUUAAAAUUACCUCUUUUGUUUUUUUAAUUUUAGAAAGAAACUGUUUAAUGUAUUUCAUAUGGCAUUUUAAGCAGAUUCAACCCUUUGGGAUUGCAACGUGGUACUACAUAGAAAGAGCCAUAAAAAUGACCAUAUCUUUGCCCAUAAACUCUACUCCUAGAUUUGUAACCUAGAGAAUAAUAUAAAAAUGAAACAAACCAUAAAAAAGGUAAAUGCAUGAGGAUGUUUAUGUCUGCAUUAUUUAUAAUAGCAUUAAAUUGGAAAUAAGCUACAUGUCAAAGAAGAAAGUGGGCUAAUAAAAAUAGUGAAGUAUUAUAUUGCCAUUAAAAUAAUUAUUUGGAAGACUAGAAACGAAUGUGUUUGUGAUAUAAGUAAAAUAAGCACAAUAUAAAAUAGUAUGCACAGUAUGAUUUUGUGACUGUAAAAUCUAUGCACGUGGAAGGUAAUAUGCAAAACAAAAUCAUUGUGUUAGUGUAGGGGGAUAUGGAAUGAUUCUUAAUUUAUUUGAAUGUUUUUCUUUAAUACUAUGUAUUUUCAAUAAAAAAUAAAUAAAUUACUGUUUA